GUCAAAUAACAAUUUGAAAUAGAACUUCAAAGGAAUUGUUAAUUUAAAGACUUUGUCUUAAAGUGAUUUGGGAAUUAAAACAGAAAAAAACAAGAACAACAGAAAUAUGAAUUAAUUGUUUAGAACUGCACCUUUAUGUGAAGUGAAAGAAGCCAUAUUGGAAUUUUGAUGUUUUUGCUAGCUGAAAAGAAUUCCUUGAAUUUCCAGUAAUGGUGGAUUGUACAUUGUAGUGAUCAAUUAGUCCAGAUAUUUAUUGUGAUUGAGAACUAUCUUAACUUAACCGUACAAUUAGAGAAUUUUAAUGGUUGUUCUGGAUCCCUCCAGCGAUCAGAUGCUAGCCAUGGAUAUUUUAGCAUUUGAUAAGAUGAAGGGAAAUCGUCGAAAACAAAGUAAACCAAUACGGGUAUCCUGUAGUGCCGACAGUGAAUCUGUAGAACCUGGCAGCAAGUACUUAGGUACAUCCGAAUCCCAAUUCCCAAAUAAUGGAAACAAUGAUAUGAAUGAUGCAGAAAACAGGCCGUCAGAAGAAAGUGAUUCUUCAGAUGUUAGAAUAGACAGAAAUAUAAUGGAGAAAGACUCAGAUAUUAAUAGGAAAUUGAAGGAAAAUGAAAUGAUUGAAAAUAACAAUAAGUUGUUAUCAUCUUUCCAUAGUAUUCCAGGUUCAGAAGCCUAUCCAACUAAAUAUCACCGUCUUGGAAGUGAAUUAUUCCAGCCAGCAUUUCCAACAAAUGGAGAACCUGAAUCUGAGAGAGUGGAUCCUACUCGCAUCAAUGGUGAAGACAGGUUUAAAGAUUUGCUUGAAAAAAUACCUAAUUCAGACGAAGAAGGCAAAAAGGUUGAUGGCGGAAAUCGUAUCUUCCAUCAAGAUGCUUAUUGCGAAAUUUGUGACAGGGAAUUCUGCAACAAAUACUUUCUGAAGACACAUAGAGCUAACAAGCAUGGUAUAUUUGAUAAUUCCACAUCACCAAUUUCAUCCAUGGGCCCCAGUAUGCCACUACCUCAAGAUAUAAUCACAACUGCCUCACCUAUACAACCGCCUACACUAACUACAUCUUCGUCAUUCAAAGUAAUGGAUUUUAUUCAGAACCUUCCUGCAACAGAACCAAAAAGCAAGAAACCUGACACUCCUAAACCGCCAGCAAACAUAGAAGCAAAGUCACCACUGAUGCCAAAUCCUCCUUCCACUCCUACAACACCAGGUGGAUCAAGCAUCAACAAUAGUGCUAAUAAUAAUAAUGGCAGUAAACCUGUUCCAAAGGACAUGGAAGAUUUUUGCGAGCUAUGCCAGAAACACUUCUGCAACAAAUACUACCUCAAAAAACAUAAGCAGGAUGUGCAUGGUAUUGCUCCACCAGAUGGUAUGUCUUCAGCAAACAAAAGGGGAAGACCAAAAGACCUUCAGGCACAACUAGAUGCUAUUACAUCAUCAACAAUGUCUCUGGGGAAUCCAACUAUAUCUUCAUCCAUGUCAUCUUUUAUGCCACCACAUUCAUUACCAAGUAUGCCAGGCUUACCUAAUAUGCCACCAGGAGUUAUGGUUUUGAAUCCAUUCAUGGCACCAAUGCUGCUACAUGCUGGUGGUUUGAUGCCUUCACAGGGACAGAUGCCAACACCACCAAUUAUGUCUCAGCCACCACCAACAUCACCAACACCACCACCAAUGCCAUCACAUUCAUCAGCAAACACACCACCUCCAUCUUCAAUAUCAUCUACUGGUCAGAUACCAUCAUCAAAUGGGGCUCUCAAUCAGGAAGCAUAUUGCGAUCUAUGCCAGAAAGAAUUCUGUAACAAAUACUUCUUAAAAAUUCAUAAAGCAAACAAGCAUGGUAUCUUUUUUGAUGAUUUUCCAUUUGGUCCACAGAUACCACCGUACAAGAUGCCUAUCUUUUCUGACAACAAGCCUACCUCUGAACAGUCUGAAUCACCCAAUGAUGCAAACAACAUCAAGCAAGAGAAUAGUCCAAAGGCAGGUACGUCUUUAGUUACAUCAAGCCCAGAGAAUCCUGGUACAUACUGCAAUUUGUGCAAUCAGGAGUUUGCAAGCAAAUACACAUAUCGUAUACACAGAAUUCAGAUCCAUGGAAUGUUGAAUGAAGCCUAUGAAGGAGCUUUAAUGGAAGACAUCAUGAAAAGCACAAUGAAAGAUAGAAUAGAAUCUCAGAUGAAAAUUUCUCCUAAUUCCCUUGCAAAAAUGGAGAUGGAUGAGUACUUCAACAAUAGAAUGAUGGAAAACGGAAUGUCAACCAUGUUUAGUAAUAUGGUAGCUGCCAAACUUGCCGAUCGUGUAACUUGUGAUAUUUGCAACAAGGUUCUUUGUAAUAAAUACUUCCUGAAAGUUCAUAAACAGAAAGUGCAUGGAGUAGAGCCUUCACCAGAACAAGAUCUCAAGCUAGACAUCAGUAAAUCUUUUCAACUAAAUGGAAGUGAACCUUCUACUCCAAUAAAAUCAGCAAUGAAAUUUGAAUCAUCUGAUCCAAGUCCAAAGCUGCCUACUUCAAUGGGAGCAUCAUUCCCUAUGGGUUACCCAAGAGCAAGUGAUGCAUUACUUGAUACGUCUCCAAACUCUGUUGAGAAACCAUCAAAAGACGAGUUAGUUAAAAUGGGUAUUGAUCCAGAAGCAUAUUGCGAAAUUUGUAAGAAAGAAUUUUGUAGCAAAUACUUCUUACGUACACAUAAAUUGAAUAUUCAUGGUAUUCGUAGUGAUAAACCUGAAACCCCUGAUUCUGAUAAACUUGCAUUCUUGAACAUGUCUUUAAGCCAAGCUAGUAUGUCUAUGAACCAGGCAAAUCUAUCAGCCUCAAUGAGUCAGAGCAACAAACCACUAAAUCUUAGCAUGAAUACUAAUGGCAAAAGCAAAAAUGUCUAUGAGAAACAUUCAUGGCGAUGGAAAGAACCUGUCAACUCAUCAAGGGUCAUCUGUGAACUAUGUAAUAAGGAGGUUUGCAACAAAUACUUCUUGCGUACUCACAAGUUAAACAAACAUGGAAUCUUGCCAAGCGAAACAUCACUUUCACCUAGUAGUUCACCAUAUCCUUCCGAAUUUGACACACAAAGUAACUCAUCACUUCCAACUGAUCUCAGUAUGAGAGAACGUAACCAAAGUCCACUUGCUGUUCAUCUAGGUAGUAAUGUAUCUCGUCCAAGUAGUAUUUAUGGAUAUGAACAAAAAAGAGACUCUGAAAACAUGAUCAAUGACAAUGAAAACUCUGAGUAUUACAACUCCUACAGUGAAGUUUGUCAACUAUGUGAGAAAAGAUUCAAGAAUUUGAAACGACUAAAGCUACAUAUAAUGAAAGAUCAUGGGAUGCUAUCAUCUGUUAGAAAGGGAUUGUUUUCUGAAACUCAAAUGGACACUAGAAUUUGUCGAAUGUGUGAUGCUUCCUUCCCAAGUGAACUUGCCAUGCAUUUACAUAUGAUUCAAGAACAUAAUGCCCAGGUUAGUCUGAAUACCACUGAAAAUGAAAGAGAAAACAUGCCACCAGCCUCUAGACCAAGAAAGCAUAAGUCUAGACUUGGAUUUCACAAAUUUUCUUUGAUCACAAAGCAGAAGUAUUACAGUUGUUCUCAAUGUGAUUUCAGAAGCAAAUGGUUGAACAACCUUUGUGAUCAUGAACUUAAAGUGCAUAAUAUAUCACCGAAAAAUGGACAAGCUUUUGGAAACAUUCAUGGAAAUAGUCCAACAAAAAUUGGAAAAUACAGGUGUUCUAAAUGUAGCCGCAAAUUUCCAUCAAUUAUUCUAUGUAACCAUCAUAUACGUGAAGAGCAUAUACGUAAAAAAGAUUUUGCUGUAGUCAAAUCAAAUACUCGCUUCUCUUGUGAACAUUGCAAGUUUUCCACAAGGUUCAUCAAACAGUUGAAACGUCACGUUGAGAGAGUCCACAGUGGCACAGAAGAAUGUCUCAAUGGCUUGGAUAUGGAAGAUAAUUAUUCAGGGAAAACGUCAGAGCCACUAAAUCUCCAUGUGCAAGCUGUUAAUGGGUCAGAUUGUGAGAUGCAGGCUUUUAAGAUUAAAGACUGUUCUUCAAUUUAUAGUGACUUUGUUACAACUGUUGUGAAGAUGCCAGUCCGACACCAUGUGAGUGCACCAAUAACUGUAACCUUCCACUUGACCCCAAUGGAACAAUAGUUGUCCAUUUUACUAGCUAUUUUUUCCAGUGUUCAUGUGAUGUGUUCAUAUUUUGAGGUUGUUUUUUUUAUUUUUUUCUGUUUUGUUGUGAAUUUUGCAUUUAUUACUGCAUGGAAUUUUUCUAAUAAUUUUCAAAAAUUUAUUAUUUUUGACAAUUUUUUUAUAUUGUGCAAUAAGUUAACUAUACAACAAUUGAUACAGAUGAGGCAUAUUUUAGUCAACACAUUAGUCUGUAUUUCCAUUGUAAUUGUGCAAAAUAGAUCAAAUUAGGCCUUUAUUGGAGCUAUUUCAAAUGGUUGUAAUUAGUCAAAACAUAUGCAGAAGUUGAUAAUUACAAAAUAUCUUGUUAAAUAUGAUACAAUAGGAGUCCUAUACACAUUUAUUUGAUAGAUAAAAUCAAAAAGAAUAAAAAACAAAGUACUUCCAGUUCAGUUUGCCUGUUAAAAGAGAAAAGUAGGUAUUAGAUCAUUCAGUAUUAAAUUUUUAACUUAUUCGCUUUUUCUUUAAAUUGUAUCAUAUGCUUGGUGAAAUGCAGAAUUUUUAACUCUGCUUGAAAUUGCUAGUGUCAAUAUGACAAAGAGUGCUAUUUAAUAUUUGAUAUUUAUGAAUGAGAAGUUUUUCUUCUAAAUGAGAAACGCAAAAAUAAGGGGAUGAAGAGUGUUCAUUCCCCUCUGUCAUUUCAAUUUAAAAAUUUGCAUCCAAUGUUUUAAAAAUGAACAGGUUUUUAAUAUAUGAUAUAUUGUAUUUAUUACUUCACAUAUUGAAAUGUAGUAUGUAUCAGGGGUACAUAGUACACUAAGAGGUUAACAUGAUUUUUUCACAAACAUAUGCUCCAGGGCUAUAUACAUUUUAGUCAGAUUAAAAGAACUUUUAUUUUGAAAUGACAGAGAAAUGUACAAAGAAUAUUAAUUUAUUUGAAGUGUGCCAUCAAUUAGAUGCAUCCGAUUUGACCAUGUAGAUAGUCUAUAUACCCAUGUGGUAGAUAGUUGUAUAGGGUGUGCCACAGCUAGAUGGCAGUUAUUUGUUUUGUUAAUAUAUAUAUUGUUGAAUUUUGUGUGUGUAUUUAGUGUUUAAAGAACAAAAAAUUCCAUGGGCGAACCAUAGCCAAAAUGUUUGUAUGAUGUUUUAUUAGCUAUUUUUUGAGGAUUGAACUUUGUUUUUCAUGUUUUAUAAACUGAUGCCCAUAAUUACAUAUGCCUGUACUUAGCCCAAGAACAUUUCAUAUUCAAGCUCUUCAAAAUUAAUCAUUCUUUCAGGGAUUUUUGUCCUUCAAAUUAUCAUUGUCUUUUAUAGCCUAGAGUGAGAUUGAUGCUUACUUAUUGCUGUGUAUUCAUGAAACUUCAUAUAGUUCUUUUUUAAGUUGACAGUUCAAGAUUUUUGAUGGUUUUCCAGUGUGAUUUUUUCUACAUGAUAUAACUAAUAUAUAUAUUUGGCAAUAUUGUGAUUUAUUAUAGAAAAAAGUGUGUUGGGUGUGUGUGUGAGUUUUCAAACAGGAUUGUUAUAUUUUUUGGUAUUAUAUAUUAUAUAUAUAUACUUGGUUGGUUUUUUAUUUAUUUUUUCCUGUAAGUCACACAUUAUUUUGCAAUCUGCGCAAUUCUAGUCGAAUUUUGUUGUUUAAUCAGUUCACUAUGGUUUAAUUAGAGAAAAAUGUUGCACUAAUAUGGGUCUUCUAAACCUUUACUUUUAAUGUCUCAUAUUAAUUUUUUUUUAAAUUAAAUGUAAAAUGAAAGGUACAUAUGUGUUUCUGUUUACGUGCCUGUAGCAUUCAAAUUUUUGUUUACUGUUCAUGUAAAUUGUGCAAUCAGGUAAAUAAUUAUAUCAUAUCUAUUUUCAAGGAUUUUAAAUGUUAUAAAAAUCCUUGCUAGUUUAUAACAUAUAUCACUGGAUAUUUAAAUUGCUAAAUUUAUACCAAAUUUAGAAUUUUUCAGCAUUAAAGAUUUAUAAAAUAACUCACUGGAUAUUUAGAUGACUAAAUUUGAAAUUUUUCAGCAUCAGAAUUAGACCCAUGUUAGUGUUCUUUGUAGGAUCAGAAAGUACCAUGAAAAGAUUUAACAUUUUAUGUGUCAAGGUGUUGUAACUGUUCAGCAAGUCACAUGCCUAUACAUAUGAAUAGUCCAAUUUUGUCAUGGAACUAUUUGAUAGGUUUUGAUGUUUUGGUUAUCUUUUGCAUCGCUUUUAUUUUAAAGCAUACAUUGUAGUACAUGUACUGAAUUAAAUUCAAUUCAAAUAGUGAUUUUAAACUAUUAAAUGUUUGUUAUUUCAUUUCUAGUCAAGAAACAGAUGGUGUUCAGUUUUAUUGAGGCAUAUAUGUGGGAUGUGUUCCUUAUACAGUAUAAUUAAAAAAAUAAAAUAAUUCAAAAAUCUUAUAAAACAAAACACAAACUUAUUUACUUAGGUCAUUUUGUUUUGUAGUAAUUCUAUGUCAGUUGACAUAUACGAUUCUCUAAUCAUUUUAAAUGAAUAUAAGUAGAAGAUAAAUGAUACAAAAACUAUAAGUAAAUAAUUAGACACUAAAAGAAUAACUUUAAAUAGAUACAGUAAUUGAAUCACCUUUUUAAAUAAAUUUUAAGUUUCAAAAUUUUAAAAUUUUAAAACAAAAUUUGUUGGGGGAAGGGGAUUCUACCUAUUCUUGCAGUUUUAAGUUUUGUAAAAUUGAAAGGAGUUUAAACAUCUACUAUGUUGUCUUGUGAAUUUUGUGUUACAUUAGCAUAUGUUUGUUUGAAAUUUUUCAAACUAUGGUUCAUGUAAAGGAGCACAUCCUGUCAAGUUUUGAGAGAAUUGUGUGUUCAGAUAUUAUAAAAUUUAAUGUUAAAAGUUGGUUGGUUUUCUUUUUGCAUAUAUAGCAAAAGUAACAAUGAAAUGAUUUACAAAAAACGCUUACUUUUUUAUUAUAGUUACCUGCAAAAAAAUUUAAGAGAUUGCAAAUUGUAUUUGAUUUGAAAUUUUGGAAUUUGUUGUGCAGAUAAAAAAAAAAAAAGAAAAUCAAACAAUCCAAAACCUUUUCCUAACAUUAUGCAAUGUUUUCUGCCUACCUCAAGUGAAUAUUUGUGCAAUAAAAUUGUUUAAUUUGA